AUGAAUGUCUCUAGCAGUAGCCGAAAUGGUCUUGCGUUAAAAAAAAAGCUAAUAAACCCAGCGCCUUCGCGCAAGGAGCACCAGCCACCGCCGCAACAACAACAAUUAAAACCAGAGGAACCACAAAAGCCAACACCACAAAUAUCAAAUGAAGAAAUUAACGUGCAAUUACUGGAAAAUCAAAAUUGUAGUCCUUAUAGAUACAUGCACGAAAAAUUGACUGAUAGAAUGCAAGGUGCACUCGAUGAACAAAUUGAGUACUUUAUCAAGUUGUUUAAAAAGUGUUAUAGUGAUAAAGAAAUUUUCGAUCCUUCUCGCCCGAAUCAGGAGCCGAUAACAACGGUAGGAAGAGUUUGUUGCGAUUCCGAAGGAAAAUUGAACACAGGAUCUAUAGUGUUGGAGACUUCACAAAGUUUGGGUAGAAGACGUCGCGUUAGAUUGUCACUUCGAGAAGUACAAUCUUUUUCUUUAUUUCCGGGACAGAUCAUUGCAGUGGAUGGAAUUAAUAUUACUGGCAACGUUCUCGACGUAAGCAAAAUAUACAAGCUACCUUUAUUACCAAUGCCUGUUACAUCAACUGCUGAAAUCAUGUCUUAUAAUUACGGGAAAGCAAGAUUAAAUGGCGAAGAAAUGACUGUCAUUGUAGCGGCUGGACCAUUUACAACGGAAAGUAAUCUCAAUUUUGAGCCAUUCGCGCAAUUAAUGGAAAAUAUGAAAUCGAUCAGGCCUGAUGUCUUAAUAUUGAUGGGUCCUUUUAUUGAAACUGAUCAUACAUUGAUUAAAUCUGGCGAAAUUGAUUAUACUUUGGAAAAUAUUUUUUCAAGGUUUAUCUCGUAUCCUAUAAGACAUUUUAUUAAAUCAUCGCCCGCCUCACAAAUCAUCAUGAUCCCAAGUGUCAAAGAUAUUACACAUUAUGAUACUGUCUUUCCACAGCCACCAUUUGAGCAGGCUUCUAUUAAUAGUCUCGGACUUCCUCAGGGAGUUAUUUUUUACCCUAAUCCGGCGCAAUUUCGAGUUAAUGAAAUUGUAUUUGGUGUCGGCGCAAAUGAGAUAAUAAGUCAUUUAAGUGGGGCAGAAUGUCAAAGAAAUAUAACAACGGAAAGAAUGAUUCAAUUGUGUCGACAUGUGCUGGAGCAACAAAGUUUCUAUCCAAUAUUUCCACCAUAUGGCGGCGUCAAUUUGAGUCUUACACAUAGCGAUAGAUUAAAAUUAGAAAUUUUGCCGGAUGUUCUCAUCUUGCCAUCCCGUCAUUUACAAUAUUUUGUAAAGGUAGUUGAAGGGGUAUUAUGUAUAAAUCCUGCCUCAUUGGCAAAAAACACAUUCGUAAAGAUGACGGUUAAGCCAAUAAACAGAGACGGUGCGAAAAAUGAGCAAGUACAACAUCAAAUAAAAGAAAGGACUAAAGUAGAAAUAAUCAAAAUUUGA